AUGGUUAAUUCUUAUCAACAAGGUAUUAUAAAAGCAGAACGGUUUGACCAUCUUUAGUCAAUUCCGUUUUUCUUUUUGUGCUGCUCAUCAUAACUCAAAAAUUUUUUUGUUUUAAGUAAAAAUUAUAAUAAUAACAGUGGAAAAAAACUUAUGUAUUAUCAUUUUAUUACCAGGUUAUUUUGUAUAAUGUCGUAAAUUGUUUUUAGGUACAACUAUGUUUUUGCAGCUGACUUUACUGCUUUUUAUUGCACUAUUUUAUAACUAUUACUGGAAAAGAAGAAAUUUGCCUCCAGGUCCAGCUCCUUUACCUGUAGUUGGAAACAUUUUAACAUUGUCACAACAAAAUCGUUGGGAGACCAAGUUCAUUGAGUGGAACCAAAAAUACGGUUCUAUUUUUACAUAUUGGCUCGGAGAAUUGCCAAUUGUAGCAAUAUGCGAUUACGACGACAUGCAAACCUACUUUGUUAAAAACGCUGAUAUAUUUUCGGAUCGUUACGUAGUGGAACGAACGAUGGAUUUGGUGAGAGGUGGCCAUUACGGUGUUAUAAUGGGCAAUGGUGGCCCAUGGAGAGAACAUAGACGAUUUGCUUUAAAAGUUUUGCGCGAUUUUGGACUUGGCAAAAAUAAAAUGGAAGAACGUGUAUGCUUUUGGUUAUUUCUAGGUUUAUGUACAUGCAGCUGAAUAGGUUUUUCUGAAAAAUUUAUUGUGAAUAACAUAAAAAUCAAGCACUACUUUACCUGAAAAAGUUUCAUCAGGUUAUUAUUAACCAAUGAAAGUAGGAAAAUGUACAUGUUAAUUUUUAAACAAAUAUAAAUAAAAAGACAAUUUUUGAUUUCAAACGAAUCAGAAAAUUUCAGAUUUUGUCAGAGCUUCAGCAUCUGUUAGAAAGUGUUAAUAAAGAAGUUCAUAAUGAUGAAAUCGAUUUUUUCAAAUAUUCUGAUAUAGCCGUAGGUUCGAUCAUCAACAGCAUUAUAAGUGGUUAUCGUUUUACAACUGUAAGUGUACAAGUAUUACAAAACUUUUUUUUAAUUUUUACUAAUUGGCUUUACUUUAUUAGUUUAGAGGACUAUAGUUGUUAAAAUAGCGGUAAAAUAACAUUUUCUAAUAAUGUACUGUUUAAAACAAAUUUAAUUUUAUGUGGAUUACAAUAGCAGAUAUGAAAAAACCCUUUUUAGGGAUUUGAAGACGAAUUUUAUAAAAUGAAGCAUUUGACUACAGAGGCAAUUAAGAGUUUUACAAGUGCUCAAGUCAACCUUGUAUUUAACAACCCGUGGAUGUUAAACGUACCUAUAAUAAAUCGUUAUCCAAAUUAUGCUUCUCGUGUCAUGAAAGAGUUAUUUGCUUUUUUGGACUAUCAAAUCAACAAACACAUUAAAGAAAACGAUUAUACUCAUGAUAUUGAACCGUCAGAUUACAUCGACGCAUUUUUGUCAGAACGUGAACGUCAAAUCAGAACUGAAGGAAAUGAAGGAAACUUUACAAUGAAUCAGCUUCGUAAUGUGUGCAUGGAUUUGUGGAUUGCAGGUCAAGAAACGACUUCUUCUACCAUUACCUGGAUUAUUGCAUAUAUUAUAAAUCACCCCGAAGUUCAGGAAAAGCUGCAAAAAGAGCUUGACACAGUAAUUGGCAGCAAACGUAUUAUUAAAAACUCUGACAGGCCUAAUCUACCUUACACCAAUGCUGUAAUAAUGGUAAGUACAUGCAAUGAUUAACAAAUUAUAAAAUUAAAAGCAAUUAGAAAAAAAUAUUAAUAUUUUUUUAUGUUUUAAAGUUGCUAUGUAAAUUUAGGAGUGUCAACGAUGUUGUAACCUGCUAAGUCAGAAUAUUCCUCGGUGUGCAACUGAAGACGUAGAAAUAAGUGGUUACAAAUUCAGGAAAAAUACUAUUUUUGUUCCGCAAAUAUCAGUUUUAUUGCAGAACCCAAGUGUAGGUUUGAUUACACAUACUCUCUUUACGUUACAGAGUUUUUUCUUUAUGUAUUUAUACUAAUAACGCAGUCCUUCAAAAAUUUGACCGUUUUAAAGACGAUUUUAUUUAAGAGUUUAUAGAUUCUAAUUUGAAGAAUUGCAAAAAAUGUUUUAGCUUUUCCCUAUUCCCGAGAAAUUCAAUCCAGAUCGUUUCAUAAACGCAGAAGGAAAAUUGAGACAAGUGGAGGAACUGAUUCCGUUUUCACUAGGAAAACGAAUUUGUUUGGGCGAAGGAAUGGCUCGCAUGGAGCUUUUUAUAUUUACAGCAAAUCUGUUCAAUCAAUACGAAUUCAGCUCUGGUAAAGUACCACCAUCAUUGCAGAAAAUGAAUGGCGCUUCUACAAUGACUAUACCUUAUAAUUGUAAAGUGCAAAUAAGGCAUAGUCACGCAUAA